UUAAAUUGAUGAGUAUAUAUUUUAAAUUUGAUUUUUUAAAGAGUAUUUCAGUCCAUACUGAUAAGAAGACAGUGACUGUCAUAUUUUCGAAAAAAACAAAGUAGAAGAGCACAAUGUUCCCCACGGCUUUCGUAACUAUUUUCAUGACAGUGUUAUUACUGGCAUCAUCCCAGCCGGCCUUAGGAACACAUCGCUCUCUUCUUGAUCGGAUCAGAGAUGAACAUCCCCGGUGGAUAUCGGGCUAUACAGGUUCGACUUACAUAAUCUGGGGAAAACACUCUUGCCCAGCUGUGCAUGGAACAAAAGAAGUUUAUAACGGAUAUGUUGGGGGAAGCCAAUAUAAUGAAAAGGGAAAUGGCGCAAACACUUUGUGUUUGCCACAUGAUCCCGAUCGUCUACCAUACGGAAUAUCAUUGCCAGCCAGAAACGAUUAUGCACAUCUCUUUGGCGGCGAGUACCAGCUUAAUAUUCAUCACGUGCGCAUAUCGGAAAACGUCCCUUGCGCCGUCUGCCGAACAAAUAUAGCGUCAUCAACCAUCAUGAUUCCAGCGAAACGUACAUGUCCGACCCAAUGGCGAAAACAGUACACAGGAAUCUUGACCGCCAAUCGAUACGACUAUCGAAUGACUGAGUACUUGUGCCUGGACGAUAAUCCAGAUUAUGUUCAUGGGUCUAGAAAGGAUGACAACGGAAGAAUAUUUUAUCCGGUUAAAACCGUGUGUGGAUCAUUGCCGUGUCCCCCUUAUGAAAAUGGAGAGCUUGUCUCUUGCAUUGUUUGUUCCAGAUAAUUCACUAACACAUGCAUUUAAUCUCUUU